AUGGACGGCGAUUUGGGCAAGACAACAGCGAAGCUAAUUGAACGCGUCGAGCGUCUUUUGACCGAGCAGAAGCUCUGCAGUCCAAGACAACGAAUCUUGAUUGCGCUGGCUGGUAUACCAGGAUCGGGCAAAACCACGAUAUCAGAUGCUUUGAUCAAAGAGCUGAAGAAGAACGGUAUUUCCGAUGUCGCAGUCCUUCCUAUGGAUGGAUUCCAUUAUAGUCGCACGACUCUCUGUUCCUUUGACGACCCUGAAGAAGCAUUUCGAAGACGCGGCGCACCUUUCACAUUCGAUGCCGCCGCCUUGGUAGAUCUCGUCGCGCUAAUCAAGAAAACACCUGUGACGACACAUAACGAACCGCAAAUCAUCAUCAAAGCGCCAGGAUUCGACCACGCGAGAAAGGACCCAAUACCCGAUGCCACUGAGAUUCCUUCGCGUGCCAAAGUUGUUAUCAUCGAAGGCAACUAUGUACUCUUAAACCAAGAGCCAUGGAGUCGCAUUUCAACAUUAGCAGAUGACAAGUAA